AUGCUGCAUCGGUUUUCCGUUCUCAAGAUACGCAUCAGAAUUUCGAAGAUGAGUGCUGAAGUUCAAGCAUCCUCCUCCAAGCAAGAGGCCUCGGCCGAAGUCCUACAGGCGAGUCGCGCCAACUUCGUGACGCGCCUGAACGCUCUGCCGGCUGUGACUACCCUCUGCGGCGUGGUGGCUCAGUCUUAUGGUCGCGCAAAGCAGAGCUACGCCUUCGUCGCCGUCCCCUUGCAACUGGCCGAGAUCGGAGUCCAGUACGCGGUGGAAAAAAGUCUGCCUGUUCUGGACAAGUUCAGUCCCCAGCUGAACUACGUCAACGGUCUUGCCUGCCGAGGACUGGACAAGCUCGAAGCCGCCUACCCAGACGUGACCCAGAAGCAGCCACGGGAGAUCUUAACCGACACAGUGGCCUUCGGCCGUUCCAAGCUCGCCAGUGUCAAGGACUACGGAGUCUCCAAGGCACAAGGCGUCAAGACCGCUGCCGUGGGUGCCCUUCACCUAGCCACCCAUCCCGUACAGACUCUUUCCUCGUGCACUCAUCGGACCUUCAGCUACACCCUGAAGGCGCUUGAUGCCUUGGAUGCUGCCCUGGACAAGCACAUCGCUGCUUGCGCCAUCGACAUGCCCGAACGCGCCCCUUCCGACGCGCCAGGCUUUACCACCCUCCUCACUCUCCUGGACACUGUUGUCUUCAAGGCAACUGCUUGCGCCAAGGUCGCAGUUCGUCAGCGGAACGACCAAAUCCGGUACUUCCUCAGAGUUCGACACUUCAUCACUGACCCUGCGCCGAAUUCUUCGGCAGAAAAUAUGGAAACCGUGCCACGCAGCGAGACUCCAACCACGGAACCCAAAGUACCGUUUGAAGAAUCUUCCACUGACUCAACCACCAGAGGAGAAUCCCCCACUUUUUAACCGCCUUGUGUCAUUAUCGCGGUUCCAGACUUGGGCGACCAUUUUGGCGGCCCUGCGAGGAAUCUGCUUGUGUUCCAUUCCUAGGCAUAGUACUGAAUAAACUUGUGACCUUUUA